AUGAAUGCUACACCAAUAGUGCAUGGUUUGUUAUUAGAUGACUACUCUCGCUGUCAGCAUUAUCAUAGUGAGCUGGAUAUUGUAGCAUUACGCUGCCAUGAGUGUAAAAAGUUUUAUGCUUGUUUUGCCUGCCAUAACACUCUGGAGUCUCAUCCUUUUGGGCCAUGGAAGGCAACACCAAAUAUGUUGCCUGUUUUGUGUGGAGCAUGCAAACAUAGCAUGACAAAGGAUGAAUAUCAGCAAGCCAGCAGCUGCCCAAAUUGCAGGCGACCAUUCAACCCAAACUGCCGAACACACAAAAAUUAUUACUUUGCAUAA